CUCUUCUUCCCUCUCCAAGUUUUUAAAAUCUCUUUUCUGUUGGGUACGCGGUAAGCGAGGAUUGUCCUUGUUUUCAGUUUUUGUGAAGACAUUUAGGAACAAGUUAAGUAAAAUUUUAGCAGUCCUUUAGAAAUAAUUUACCAUGGCUAAACAAUCAUACAAAGUUGCCGACAUGAGCUUGGCCGAAUGGGGCCGCAAAGAAAUCACUUUAGCCGAAAAUGAAAUGCCGGGCUUGAUGAGUCUACGCAGAAAAUACACAGGACAACAAAAUUUUUAAAAGGAGCCAAAAUAGCUGGAUGUCUUCACAUGACUGUACAAACAGCAGUAUUAAUUGAAACCCUUGCAGAUCUUGGAGCAGAGGUACAAUGGUCCAGUUGCAACAUCUUCAGUACUCAAGAUCACGCCGCCGCAGCUAUCGCCAAAAGAGGAAUUCCAGUGUACGCGUGGAGAGGAGAAACAGACGAAGAAUACCUUUGGUGUAUCGAACAGACCUUAGUUUUCUCAGACGGAAAACCAUUCAACAUGAUUCUCGACGACGGAGGUGAUCUGACCAACUUGGUACAUACUAAAUACCCACAAUAUUUAACAGGAUGUAAGGGAAUCAGCGAAGAAACCACCACGGGAGUUCAUAACUUGUACAAAAUGUACAAGGAAGGUACAUUGAAGGUUCCGGCAAUAAACGUAAACGAUUCGGUCACAAAGAGUAAAUUCGACAAUCUGUACGGCUGUAGGGAAUCUCUCAUCGAUGGAAUCAAAAGAGCAACAGAUGUUAUGCUCGCUGGUAAGGUCUGUGUCGUAGCUGGAUACGGAGAUGUAGGCAAAGGCUGUGCACAAUCUUUAAGAGCAUUUGGUGGACGAGUAUUGAUCACAGAAAUUGAUCCUAUCAAUGCCUUACAAGCAGCUAUGGAAGGUUAUGAAGUCACAACGAUGGAAGAAGCCUCCAAAGAAGCCCAAAUCUACGUCACGACAACUGGCUGUAAAGACAUCGUACGAGGUGAACAUUUCCUCAACAUGAGAGACGACAGUAUAGUGUGUAAUAUUGGACAUUUCGACUGCGAAAUCGACGUCGAAUGGUUAGAAAAGAACGCCAAGGAAAAAGUCACUAUCAAGCCACAAGUUGACCGUUAUCUCCUGUCCACCGGUAACCACGUGAUUGUCUUGGCUGAAGGUCGAUUGGUCAAUUUAGGUUGUGCCACAGGUCACUCUUCGUUCGUAAUGUCAAAUUCCUUCACCAACCAAGUCUUGGCACAAAUCGAAUUGUGGACAAAGCCAGGAGCAUAUUCACUGGGAGUUCAUAUGUUACCCAAACACCUCGACGAAGAAGUAGCAAGACUGCAUUUGAAACACUUGGGAGUUAAACUGACUACCUUAUCAGCUGAUCAAGCAGAAUAUUUGGGUAUAUCUGCACAAGGACCAUUCAAGCCCGAUCACUACAGAUAUUGAUUUUGUAGUUAACAGAUAAUAUUAAGCAGAUCUAAGUGUGACUUUUAAAAAUAUUUUUAAUAAAGUAUGAAGCAAUUUU